AAGAGCACUGAGAAUUUACACUGGCGAAAACACCCGAACACCGACCGACAACACUCGGAGGAGAUUGGCGCGGGUCUCUUCAGUAUCACAGUGUUCGAGACACGAUAAAGUUCAAGUCGAAAAUUGGUGAAAUAUCGCUCGACCUGAGGACUGCAUCAUUAGUAUUUUCCCGGAAAAAUUUUCCAAAGACAGUGCGCGAGUGAAAAACGAAUAAUUAACGUGUGAAGUGCAAGUGAGUGAACGGUAAUGUCAUACUACUUCCGUGAAAAGCCAAAAUUCGGUGACAAAGUCGGGGACAAGGACGAAGACUUCAUCCAGAAAAUCAAGCAACAAUUCGACGAUGACAAGUCAUUCUUCGAGAGAUCCAGGCGUGAUCCCUUUGAUCGUCAUCCCGGCUUUUCAAGAGGUUUCGGCUUUGACGACGAGGGUUUCGGCCGGCGCAACAAAGACAUAAGAUCUCACUUAGACGAUCUAGCCGCGAGGCAUCCGGAAUUCGCGGAUCAUCUCCUUGGGCCCCCGUGGGGCGAUUUCACACUGCCCCGAAGACGUGGCUCUGGUGCAUCCCACCAAAGUCACCCGGACGAGGACACCAGGAGUCAGGCAAGUGGUAGUAGUGCAGCAAGUGCAGCGAGUGGUGCCAGUGGUGUGAGUUCACACGGUGAUCCUGAGACAAUAUUCGAAGAGAGCCAAACGAAGAUCCCCCAAUACGGCCUCCGAAAUACAGUGGACACCAGCCAAAACCCCCACAACAUGCAGAAUCAGGAUAAAGGAGGCAGAGGCCAGAGAUCGAUGUCAGCACCACCCGAGAACCGACCGGAUGACAAUCAGCCCCAGGAGGGCCAAAAUCCACGUUUCGUAUCUCGAGUUGAUAUUACCCCGAAGUUUAACAACCAGACGACUGAUAAAUCGUCGAAGCCACAGCAAUCUCAAGGGCAUCCGAAACAGCAGCAGAGCAAUGUCCGGCACAUACCAAUUUUCGUGGAGGGAAGAGAUGAACCGGUGAUUGCCAAGAGCCAAGAAGAGGCUGUACAUAAUAAACAGCCAUCACCACCGAGAUUCACCAGCCAACCCUCACCCCCGAGGUACCACCAGUCCUUCGAUUCACCCCCACACUUCCACAGACCAUCUCACUUCACAUCCGAACGAUUUGGCCGACCACGUGAAUGGAAACAAUUCACUGAAGAUGUUUUUGAUGGCCCUUUCGAGGAAAUCCGUCGAACUCACUCGCCAUUUCGGCAGCAGGCACAGCGUCAGCCCAGGGGCACCGAGCCACAUUUUCAGAGUCCACAACAGCCUCCACAACAGGAGAGACCACCUGAGAAAGCUCGACAAGAGCCUGAGCCUGACAAGCCCAAACAGCAGAUUCAACCUAAGGAUCCGUUAGAGCGGGUUGCCCUGGUUCAACAGGAAGUCGAUUCACUUCAUGAACAAGUUAAACUCUGGAAUGGAAAUACGAGGCAGGAUAAACAGUAUAUUUAUCUCGAUGAGAUGUUGACGAGGGAAUUGAUCAAGCUGGAUGACAUCGAUACUGAGGGUAAAGAGGCUGUCAGACAGUCUCGUAAGAAUACGAUUAAGAGUAUACAGGAUGCGAUCAGUCUGUUGGAGUCGAAGGCACCUCUCCCUGGACAGACACCAGUGAAAGAGCUGUCAUCACCCCCGGAAUUCAAUGAAACUACGAAUGAAGGACAGAGUGUGAGUGAUGCAGAGCCAAUGGAUAUGGAGAAGAAGCCUGAGGAUGAGGUGAAACCCAUUCCUCUUCCUGCUCCAUCGUCACCCAUUAAGGAAUCAGCUGCACCUCAGGAUGAUUCUCCAAUAAGUGUCCAGGGCGACACGGCUGAAGAGGUACCUCUUCCAGAUCCCAAUGUCGCGAUACCGAUGGAGGGAAUUCCUGACAGUACUGCCAUGGAAGUCCAGACUGAUCAAGAGCAGAAGAAUCGAGCAACGAAUGAAGACACACCGAAAAUAUCAAAAUCGCCAAAGAAGGUGAAGAAAACUAAAAAGCAGACGCCCGUCUCGGUGGAGCCUAUUCCAUUGCCCGGUCCCGAGAGCCAUCAGACAAAUUGAAUAAAUGAAUAUGUAAUUUGAAUAAAAUUAUGAUUAAAUUGUACGUGAAAUUGAGCUGAAAGUGAUAGAUUCUGAUACUGAAGAUAUUUGUUUGCAUCUUAAUGAGUGGAUGAUGUAUCUUUGGUUUUACGGGGAAUUUAGGAGACUGAUUUUAUAUUCAGUUCCAAUGAAUUAUAAAUCUAGUGAGAGUAUUAGAUGCACAGCCGUGAAUUUCUCUCACUAUUACAGUGCCAGAGCGCGAUAAGUGAUUCGUGGAUCAUUUGCCUCGUUUUUUUUACGCUACGAAGAUAUUAAUUAUUAUUUGGCGAAAUUGUUAUUUUUACCUCAGACUCGUUGUGAUCUUCUCAGAAAGAUUGUUCUCCUUUAGAUGGGAGUGAAGUACACCUUGUCCAGUAGUUUUUUCGGUUAUUGUAAUUUAAAACAAAAUGAAGGUAGAUUUGUUGUAGCGGAAAUCAAUAAAGCGCGACAAGUUAUCAAAAUGUAAAAGUGAAUGUAUGAUUAUUUAAAUAUAAUUAUUACCCACAUUUUGAAUUAUGA